AUGGAAAAUCCGACCGUCGGCGCCACAACCACCGCGACGACGGCAGAAACCAUCAUCCACCACACAACCGCUUUCCUCUCCAAAGCAAUCGCCGACCCGGAGCUCCGGAACCACCUCCUGGCCCUCCUCCACGGCGGGGGCAGGACCCACUUCGCCGCCCGAUUCACCGCCGGCAGCAACCUCCUCAAGCCCCACAGCCUAGCGCUGGAGGCGGUGGAGAAGGCGAUCGCCGCCACGAACCUCUCCGUACAAUCCUCCUCCCUCGCCGUCGCCGAGAAGCUGCUACUCUGCUGCUCGACCACUCCUUUCUCGUCCUUCCUCCUCUCCCUGAUCUACUCUUUGGUCCACCAGCCGGCCAAAGCGGCCAGAGCCGUCCUCUGCCUCUUCCGCAUCAACCCUUCCGUCGCGCGGUCCAAAUUCGCCCCCGAUCUCUUCCAGGAGCUCUUCCUCGUCCACCUCCUCCCCGCUCUGCGGUGGUUCGAGGAACAGAGGACCCGGAUUCUGUCGAAUUCGGAGGCCCCGCCGACAACGAAGGUGCUGUCGAGGAUGAACGGAGGGCAGACGAGGGAAUUGAAGGAAUUGGAGGGCAUUUACGAGCAGGUUCUCGAUGAGAAUUGCAGAGUUUUUGCUGAGUACUUCAUCAAUGAGGUUUUGAGCGAUGGCUCGGUGGCGGAAGUGGGGCCGCCGCCGGCGGUGGUUUUGGGGAGAGGCGAGGCAGGGGAGUUCGCCAUCGCGGGAUUUGGACGGUAUAAUCCGAUACCAAAAGAAGAAGACGCAGCCAGUACAUCUUCAGAACUCUGCAGUCCAUUUGGCAGCAGCAGCCCUUCCUCCACUCCCAAUUCCAGCAGUCACCACCCGCCGCCGGCAACCUCUUCUCCGGCGAAAGAAGCAGUAUCCCCUGCUCCUUCCAACUCCGACGCCGACGACAUCACUUCUUCAUCUUCUUCUUCUUCCACCGCUUCUACUUCUUCAUCAGUAUCUACUCCACCCUCUUCUUCCUUAUCCACGGAAAAGAACAAACGAGUCGCAUCGGUGCAGCCUCUGCCAUAUCCCCUGCCUCGCAGCAACAAACAAACUCGGUCUUCAAUGGCGGGUUUCGACAGUCUGCAGCUGAGCACUACUUAUAAGCCUUCUCCUCCGCCAAAGGACUUUGUAUGCCCAAUAACAAACAACAUCUUCACCGACCCAGUCACCAUCGAGACCGGCCAGACCUACGAGCGGAAAUCGAUUCAAGAAUGGCUGGAUCGAGGGAACUCGAGCUGCCCAAUCACCCGCCAGAAACUUACCAGCACUCUGCUCCCCAAAACCAACUACGUCCUCAAGCGCCUAAUCGCCGCCUGGCUCGAACAAAACCCUACCUCUUCUUCCCCUCCAAUCGAAACCCCUCCCCGCCGCCGGAAAUCCGCAGCCGCCGUCGGAGAGCCCACCUCCACUCCGUCGUUGUCUCCCAACAGCGUCAUCGUCGCCGCAGCGGCCGUGGACGGCUCUGUUUCUGAAUUACGCCACGCGAUAAACAACCUCUGUAUGUCGGAGAUCCUCGACGAAUCGGAGGCGGCGGUUCUGACCAUCGAGAGGUUCUGGCAGGAGGAGGUGAAAAAGAUUAAGAAUCAGAAUCGAGGAGGGAUUGAUGUGCAGAGCGUGCUGUCACGCCCCGCCGUCGUGAGCGGGUUCGUCGAGAUUCUGUUCAAUUCCGACGAUCCGGCGGUUCUGAGAGCGGCCGUCUUCCUGUUGUCCGAAUUGGGGGCGAGGGAUGGGUCGGUGGUCCAGACCUUGACCAGGGUUGACUCCGACGUUGACUGCAUCCUCGCCCUGUUCAAGAACGGGCUGCUGGAGGCUGUGGUGUUGAUUUACUAUCUCUUGAGGGGUUCUUCUUCUCCCGAGGAAUUGAUGGAGAUGGACAUGGUGGAAUCUCUGAUGGCGGUGUUGGAGAGGAAGGAGAGUGAAAUGGUGGAGAUGUGUAUGAAGCCCAGAAGCGCUGCGGUGGUUUUGUUGGGGCGGAUGAUGGCGAGUGGCGAGGGGAGCGCUGUGGAGGCCGCCAUUGUUGAGGGUAUUGUGAAGGAGGGCGAUGAUGUUGUGGCGGCCAUUGUUGUAAGCUUGGAAUCCGAAUGGGACGAGGAGAGGGUUUCGGCGGUUGGGAUGCUGCUGAAAGUUAUGAAGGAAGAUGGGAGGUGUAGGAACACCGUUGCUGAUAAAGCUGAGCUUGCUCCUGUGUUGGAGAGCUUCACUGGCGGUGGUGAUGGUGAGAAGUUUGAGAUCAUUUGUUUCCUCUCCGAAUUAGUGAAACUCAACAGAACGACAUACAACGAGCAAGUUCUUCACAUAAUCAAGGAUGAAGGGACUUUCAGCACGAUGCAUACUUUCCUCAACUAUUUGCAGACUGCUCCUGUGGAUCAAUCUCCUGUCUUGGCUGGCCUUCUUCUUCAACUUGAUCUUCUGGCUGAGCCGAGAAAGAUGAGCAUGUAUAGAGAAGAGGCAAUAGAUACCUUCAUCUCAUGCCUCAAGAACUCGGAAUUCCCAGCUGCUCAAGUUGUUGCUGCAAAGACCAUUGCGUCGUUGCCAGGGAGGUUUAAUGUAUCUGGGAAGUCACUUACAAGAGCAUUUCUACUGAAAUGCGCUGGAGUUGAGAAGAGUUAUCGAAUCCUUACGCAGAAUGAGCACCAGCAGGCUGGGGAGCUUUAUGGACAAACAGCCGAGAUAGAAGAGAGGGCAGCUGAAGUAUGGGACAUGAAGAUGGCAUCUGCAUUAGUGAGCCACGAGUUUGGAGCAAUCUUCGAGGUGCUGGCGGAAGGGAUGAAGAGCAGGAACUCAGAAUUGCAAUCUGCUUGUUUUGUUUCAGCUGUAUGGCUGGUGCACAUGCUUGGCAUUCUUCCCGACACGGGGAUUCGAGGUGCUGCUAGAGUCUGCUUGCUCGACCAGUUCGUGGCGAUUUUCAAGUCGGCAAAGGAUAAUGAGGAUCAAGUCCUGGCAUUGCUAGCUCUCAAGAGCUUCCUCAAUGAUCCUGAGGGGCUACAAGAUUUAAAUAACAACAUGAAAGAUGUAAAGAAAGGUCUGAGAGAGCUGAGGAAGUCUUGUCCAUUGGCAGUUGAAGUUCUUAAGGAUCUCUCAGAGGGAAAAGAUAACAGUGCUGAAUUAUGGAACCACAAAGAACUAGUUCAGGUUGAUUGCUGUGAGAAUGGAGAGGUGCUUUCCAUUGCCUGCUUCAAGGACAAGAUCAUUUCAGGCCACUCAGAUGGAACUAUGAAGGUAUGGACCGGUAAGGGCAGCAUCCUUCACCUUAUCCAGGAAAUCAGAGAGCACACAAAGGGAGUCAGUAGCUUGGUGGUUCUGCAAUCAGGAAACAAGCUAUAUAGUGGCUCACUUGACAGAACUACCAGAGUCUGGUCCAUAGUGGGUGACACGUUGCAUUGUAUGAAAGUUCAUGAUAUGAAAGACCCGGUUCAUAAUCUGGUGGUAGCCAACUCCAUUGCUUGCUUCAUCCCUGCAGGGACCGGUAUCAAGGUUCAUUCCUGGAGCGGCAGGUCCAACUUGCUGAACUCAGGGCGAUAUGUCAAGUGCCUCUCUCUGGUUCAGGGGAAGCUUUACUGCGGCUGCCACGACAGCAGCAUUCAGGAAAUCGAUUUGGCAACAGAAACAGUAUCAUUCAUUCAAAGUGGAUCCAGGAAGCUAAUAAGCAAAGCAAGUCCUGUACAUGCGCUAGAGGUUCGAGACGGGCUCAUAUAUUCAGCCGUUUCGCCAUUGGACGGAGCAGCUGUUAAGAUAUGGAGUGCUUCAAAUCAUGGUCAAGUAGGUUCAUUGGCAACAACGAUGGAAGUAAGGGCCAUGGCUGUAAGUUCAGAGCUGAUAUAUUUGGGGAGCAGAGUUGGGACGAUAGAGAUUUGGGAUCGAAAGAAGCACAUCAGAGUAGAGACCAUACAAGCUUGCACCAACAGUAAAUUAAUUUCCAUGGCUGUAGAUGGUAAUGAAGAUAUACUGGUUGCUGGGACUUCAGAUGGAUGGAUUCAGGCAUGGGAAGUGAGCUAA